AGCACUUGUUUAAGUAUACUUAGACAGCCAGUGAGCUAAGUUUCAGUGCGUGCUUGUGCUUAUUUAUUUAUCCAACACACACACACAUCAUCAAGAGACACUCGCAUUUUUUUUUGUGCGAUUUUCUUCGGAUUUGAACAAAUAUGGCAUUCGAAGACAGGUCGAGUCCGAGCGCGGCGACGAGCCCUCAAGGCGGUGGAUGCGACCCGGGUCAGAACUCCCCGGAAUCCACCCGCACGUCAUCCUCAUUCACCUGCACCACAAUGCCCAUCAAAACCAGCCUCUCACCUCCGACCUCUCCGUACAACAUCAUCCCCAAGUCCGAACAGCAAGAGAAAACCUUCUUCAGAAUCACAUCCUAUGCCCUGUCCAGUCCGAAGCGAGAGCAGGACGACGAACCGGACUCGUCUUCACCGCAACCGGACGAGGAGCCGAUGAUACAGACACUCAAGUAUUCCAUAACGAACAUCCUCCAGCCUGAUUUCGGGAAGUCCGCUGUGCUGAGGACGAAGGUUGUUUCGAAGAUUGGCUUCAAACCGUACGAGACGGCUGCUCCUCCUUUGGGUAGCCUCUGUCAGGCGGUCUCGCAGAUAGGAAAGCCGGCCCGUCGUCAGCCCGAGCCGAUCCCACCGCCCCAGGUCAGUCCGAAAUCGGUGCUUCCGAACCCCGAAGAGCCGAAGACCGAGGACAGCAAAACUCCCACCAUGUGGCCGGCAUGGGUCUACUGCACCAGAUACAGCGACAGGCCAAGCUCAGGUCCGAGAUCGAGAAGGAUGAAGAAACCUCCAGCACCGAAGGUGACCGGAAACACGGAGGACAAGCGACCGAGAACUGCGUUUUCAGGGGCCCAAUUGGCACGGCUGAAGCACGAGUUCACUGAAAAUCGAUACCUGACGGAGAGAAGAAGGCAGCAGCUCAGCGCCGAGCUCGGAUUGAACGAGGCGCAAAUCAAGAUCUGGUUUCAAAAUAAAAGAGCUAAGAUCAAGAAGUCUUCCGGUCAGAAGAACCCCUUGGCUCUCCAACUGAUGGCGCAAGGUCUCUACAAUCACUCAACAGUGGCAUGCGACGAAGACGAUAUGCCUUUGAUUGCGUGAAUACCAAAUCUGAUGAACAGAUAUGACGCUACAUAGAAAUAAAAAAAAAAACAAUGUCAUGAUUCAAAGUGCAUGACUGAAGAUCUCAUUGUAUAUACAAAGAAUAAUGUAUAUAGGCGAUGUCGGGGAUGGGGGUGUUGAGAA